CCGGCCCCGAGCCCUCCGUGUGUCCGCAGCCGGACCAUGGCUUGGGGCGAGCUGGGGCUCCUGCGCUGGCUGCGGGAGAGCCGCCAGUCCCGCAAACUCAUCCUGCUCAUCGUCUUCAUCGCCCUGCUCCUGGACAACAUGCUGCUCACCGUGGUCGUGCCAAUAAUUCCCAGUUACCUUUACAGCAUCGAACAUGAGAAAAACACCACAGAAAUCCAGACCCCCAAGCCCAACCCCCUCCCGGCCACAGUGGACAGUUUUCAGAGCAUCUUCUCCUACUACGACAACACGACGAUGGUCACGGGGAACGAGUCUGAUGCGACAGAGCCCAGGGAGCUGCAGCCCACUCAGACAGAACAGGUGCCAGUCAAUGUGACUCCUUCCCCCUCCGACUGCCCCCGGGACGACAAGGAGCUGCUCAACGAGAACGUCCGAGUUGGGCUCCUGUUUGCUUCCAAAGCAACAGUGCAGCUCGUGACCAACCCCUUCAUAGGGCCGCUGACAAACAGAAUAGGCUACCAGAUUCCACUGUUUGCUGGCUUCUGCAUCAUGUUUGUGUCGACAAUCAUGUUUGCCUUCUCUGGAAGCUAUGCAUUGCUGUUUAUUGCCAGGUCCCUUCAAGGAGUGGGUUCCUCUUGUUCUUCAGUGGCAGGGAUGGGUUUGCUGGCCACUGUGUACACGGAUGAUGAAGAGAGAGGCAACGCCAUGGGAAUUGCACUGGGAGGCCUGGCCAUGGGAGUGUUAGUGGGCCCCCCCUUCGGCAGUGUCAUGUAUGAGUUUGUGGGGAAGAGUUCUCCUUUCCUGGUCCUGGCAGCGCUGGCUCUGUUAGAUGGAGCUGUUCAGUUACUGGUUCUGCAGCCGUCCAGGACACAGGCAGAGAGCCAGAAGGGGACACCGCUACUGACACUUUUGAAGGACCCCUAUAUCAUUAUUGCAGCAGGAUCCAUCUGCUUUGCCAACAUGGCUAUUGCUAUGCUUGAACCAGCCUUACCCAUCUGGAUGAUGGAGACCAUGUGCUCAAAAAAAUGGCAGCUUGGUGUUGCUUUUCUCCCAGCUAGUGUCUCUUAUCUCAUUGGGACUAAUCUUUUUGGGAUACUCGCCCACAAAAUUGGCAGGUGGCUUUGUGCUUUGCUGGGGAUGCUAAUCGUGGGAAUAAGUAUUUUAUGUGUACCAUUUGCUAAAAACAUUUAUGGGCUCAUAGCACCAACCUUUGGAGUUGGAUUUGCCAUUGGAAUGGUGGACUCCUCCAUGAUGCCCAUCAUGGGCUACCUCGUGGACCUGCGCCACGUGUCCGUCUAUGGCAGCGUCUACGCCAUCGCCGACGUCGCCUUCUGCAUGGGCUUUGCCAUAGGUCCCUCUGCUGGUGGUGCCAUUGCAAAGGCCAUUGGAUUCCCAUGGCUCAUGACAAUUAUAGGGAUUGUGGAUAUCCUCUUCGCUCCCCUGUGCUUUUUCCUUCGAAGUCCACCUGCCAAAGAGGAGAAAAUGGCAAUACUGAUGGAUCACAACUGUCCUGUGAAAACAAAAAUGUACACCCAGAACAACAUCCAGUCCUACCCCAUAGGUGAAGAAGAAGAAUAUGAGAGCGAUGAAUAACAGAAAAGCCAUAUAACAUAUUCUGGUGUACAAAAUGCUGUGGUUCAUGUGAAACAUUUCAUCCAGAAAUAGGUUUUAGUCGUACUGUACAUUUACUAGUGAAAUGGUCAAACAAACCAAAGGUAUAUUAUUCACUGCCCGUGGUUAUCAAGCAGACUGCUAACCGCCUUACAAGGGGGGAAAAGCUUUUAUAGAGGAUUUGUAUAGUGUUAAUCUUUGUGUAUUUCAUUUUAUUGAAUAUUACACUAUAUUUUUUAUUAAAUGUGUAGUAUAAAUCUGUAUAACGUGAAUUUUAACUAUUUGGUUUUUAAAGUUAACUCGUUGACAGUAUUUCAUAUUUUAUUUGAAGUCAUAUGUUACUGUCAAGAGCCUUCUUUCUAAUCUGAUUGGAAACCUAAAAAAAGGCAAAGCUGAGGGAAAACCUAUUCAAUUUGAAUCCUUUAAAGUGGUACCCUGUAAGUACGUUGAGAGGAGCUGAAGGCUGAAUUCAGCGUGGACAGCACUGUCGCUUUUUUCAUCAGCUUCAGGUUGUAAUAAUAUACAUAUAAAAAUAAAUAAAAGGCUCCAUUUCCUUGCCAACUUAAAUAAGGAGCUCUCUCUGAACCACUCAUGAAAUGUUGGGAAAACCAGGAUGUUAAACAGAGGAGUGUAUUACUAUUGGUAGUAUUUAAUGAAGUUUUAAUCAACCAGUUUUGCAAUAAGAAGCCCCCCCCCACACACUCCAGGUAACCAAGUAGGUAUGAGUAGGCACUGUUCCUUUCCCUUAGAGGGAGCGAGAACAGCACGAGGAUCCCUUUUUAUAUUUCUAUCUUUUGACUCUUUUAAUGUAUCUCGACUUUAUUUUAGUUGCAUCUUAAGUGACUUGUUAAGGAAAGCUGCAGUAUUGCAGUAUUUUGUCUUAGCAGGUACUGACAGUGAGCUGCUAACUUAAGCAGUUCAAACAAACUACUCUUUUACAUGCAUUUGCAUACACUGCCAGAAAUUCAAUAUAUAUAUUUAUUUUUUUAAAGUGAGUUAAAUUAUCAUCUUUGCUAAAAAAAAAAAA